AUGGCAUCUCCGCUCUCUACCGUCGCCUUCUGCAUAUCUUUCCUCGUUGGUGUGCAAAUUGCACGGGCGCAAACUCCGAAACUCUUGUCAAUACCUAUCAAGCAUAUCGAUAAUGCCGGUUCAUUCGUUCCUCUCAUCUCGAUAGGAGUCGGUACGCCGCCGCAGUCGAUAACAGCAGUUUUGGAUACGGGGAGCAGCGAUCUCAUCAUUCCAAGGACCGGCAGUAGUAUCUGUCAGAACCAACAGCAACAAUGCUCCGGCACUCCUUUCGUCACUGGCUCAUUCGACACGGACAAGGAUAGUAGUCUCAGAGACGUUGGCAUCGGACUAAACACCGAUUUCGCUAAUGGCGCUGCGUUCCGAGGGCGAUUCAUUUCUACCGCAUUGACACUCGGGAAGCAGACAAUAUCUAAUGCGCAGCUGGGAGUUAUCGAACAAGGUUCCCUACCAGCCGACACUCCACUGUUCCCUAUCUUAGGGAUCGGACCUGUUGAUAAUGAAGUCGUUCGGCCGACUUACCAGAACGCGCCCGCCAAACUCAAAGAUGCUGGCGCGACCGACGCCAAUGUGUAUGGUGUCUACAUGAAUGACUUCCGUGAGUCGCGGUAUCUACUGUACCGUGUAUCCCACUGA